AUGUUGUACGAAGACUUGCGCUCGAUCCACGAGGACGUGGAGCGGCUGGAGCAGGCGAUCGCAGACCGAGUGCUGGAGGAUCCAAAGCACAUCCGCAGUCGUCUCGUCCGCGACCAUGAAAUCUCAAACUUCUGCGCGCGCAUCCAAUCCCAAUCGCAACGAGCGCUGCAGAUCUACAACGACGAGAAAGAUGCGCGAAUGCAGGAGGUGCAAUCUUUGAGCACAGGUGACACCUACGAGACCUUCUACAACGAGUACAACAAGAUCAAAGACUUCCACAAGCGGUACCCGAACGAACCGGUCGAGAACCUGGAGCGAGCGUACAAGCGAGCGCAAGAUGGAGGGCCGCCAGCGGGCUUUGCGGGUGACAUCGAUACUAUGUUCACCGGUGAGGAAGCGUUUGGUCGCUUCUUCGACCUGACCAUGCUGCACGAGGAAUACCUGAACCUGCCCGGCGUGAAGGGAGUGCGGAAGCUGACCUACCUGCAAUACCUCGACUCUUUUGAUGCCUUCACGCCGCCUAAAUGCACCAUCUCCAAGCAAGACAAGAUGACCGAUCACUACUUCGCGUACGUCGGCUCCCUGGCGCAAUACCUUGAGUCAUUCAUGCGGAGAGUGAAGCCUUUGGAGGAUCUGGACAGGCUGUUCAGGGCCUUCGAUGACGAGUUCGAGAAAGAGUGGGAAGAGGACAAGGUACCUGGCUGGCAACAGAAAGAGGCGAAGACAAACGGUGCUUCCAAGGGACUCGUCACGGAAGGCACUGGUGAAGGCGUGUGGUGCGCAGACUGCAAGAAGGAGUUCAAGAAUGACAAUGUCUACAAAGCACAUUUGACCGGCAAGAAGCACAUCAAGAACGCGGAGGCGAGGCAACAGAAUGGCGACUCAGGUGAUGUUGAAAUGACCAAUGGAGGUUCGAACGGUACGGCAGGUGGAAAUCCAUUCGCGCGAUUGAAAGAGCGGGCUGUCGCAGAUCGUGAGCAUCGCGUACGCAAACUUGCCAACUCCAUGCAGACCGAGCGCGAAGACACUCGCGUGAAUGUGGAGCGGAAGGCUGGUAUGACCGACAAAGAGCGACAGCAAGAACUGGCAGCGCUGUACGAGGAAGAUGCGGAGGUCGCCGGCACGGCUGAGGGCGAGGAAGGCGAGGUUGAAGACGGCGAGAAGGUUUACAACCCUUUGAAGCUUCCACUGGCAUGGGAUGGCAAGCCAAUCCCAUUCUGGCUGUACAAGCUCCACGGCCUGGGUGUGGAGUUUCCUUGCGAAAUCUGCGGCAACUACGUCUACAUGGGUCGACGAGCAUUCGACAAGCACUUCUCAGAAGCCCGCCACAUCUACGGACUGCAGUGUUUGGGCAUCUCGAAGACCACGGGCUUGUUCCGCGAAAUCACGAAGAUCGACGAGGCGGAGAAGCUCUGGGAGAAGCUCGAGCGCGACAAGGCGACAGAGCUGGAGAGGAAGGGUGGUGAUACCGGCGAGGGUAUCAUCGAGAUGGAGGAUCGCGAGGGCAACGUCAUGCCGAAGAAGGUGUAUGAUGACCUGGAGAAGGCUGGUCUGAUGUGA